AAAGUAAAACAAAAAAAAAUCCAACCUUUGAAACCCAUUUACGUGCAUUUGCCCUAAGAAAGACCCAUCAUUCGCCACGUUUCUUUCUAUAACGAAAAUAAAUUUUCCCAGAUUCCAAACAGAAAAAAAAAAGGGCAAUUUUUUUAAAAAGGGAAAAACAUAAAAGAAGAGAAAAGGGUUUUCUUUUCGUUCUUUAUUUCAUCUCAGUUUUCUUUUUUGUAUUUAUUUUUACAUAAGAAACUUGUAAACACUUAACCUACAUUUGAAGAACACCUUGCUUCCUUCACUUUUGUUCUUUUUAUUUUAUAUAUAUAUAAUAUUCGUUUUCCCUAUUUCCAGAAACCAAAAACGUGGUUCAUCACAAUAUUUUCCGCCAUUUCUCAGAUCAUCCCUGAAAACCCAACCAAAAAAAUUCAACCUUUUUAUCAGUUUCACGUUUAUUUCACUCUAAAAAUAUCAAAAUUUCCCCUUUUUUUUUUUUAACUUUUUUUCUGCAACCCCAGAAUUUUCCAUUGCUUAAAAAUCGUUUCUUUGAUAAACUACUGUUAUAGUUACAAUUCUAUAAAAAAAAGUUCUAUUUUUUGGCGUGGGGGAAGGAUUGGAUAAGAGAUAAAAAAGAAAAAAUGGCGGGAGGAGGGAAAGGCAGGAAGGAGGCUCCUUUGGUGAUUAACAGCACCAAUGUUUUUGCUGCUCUUGGUAGUUUGAAGAAGAAGAAGAAGAAGGGGGGUGAAAAGGAAAAUCUGGGUUCAUCUUCUAAGAGCAAAGGGUUGAAAGGGUUGGGAAAUGAAGCAGAGAAAAAAGAGGUGUUUUGGGCCCCAUCACCUCUAAAGGUUAAGUCUUGGGCUGAUGUUGAUGAAGAAGAUGAUGAUGAUUAUUAUGCUUCAAUGGCUCCUCCUGGUUCUGCUUGGGGCAUUCCUAAAGAACCUGAACCUACUUUAGAGGAAAGUGAAAGCGAGGAAGAUGGUCUUGACGAAGUCGAUGAUGAAGUUGAAGAAGAACAUGAAAACGAAGCUGAGACACCAGUAGAAGUGCAGCCGGUUACUACCAAGCCUCCCGAAGCAUCUGCGGUUAAUAAAGAAGCGGAAAGACAGCUUUCGAAGAAGGAACUGAAGAAGAAAGGGCUCGAGGAACUGGAUGCUGUUCUUGCUGAGUUAGGAUAUACGAAACAGCAGACAGGUGGCUCGAAUGAUUCCCAUGGUGAUGAACAGGGGAAAAUUUCAGAGAGCAAUGGGAAAAUCGAAAAGAAAGAAAAAACUCCAGCCGAGAGCAAGAGCGCCAAAAAGAAGAAAAAGAAGGAUAAAUCAUCGAAGGAGGCGAAAGAAUCAUCACAGGUCCCAGGUGAAGGCAGUGUUAACAUCGGAAACGAUGCCAAAGAAGCCGGUGAAACCAAUAAGCCAGAAGAGACGCCUGCUGUUGAUGUGAAAGAGAAGCUGAAAAAAGUUGCUUCAGCUAAAAAGAAAAAAUCGAGUAAAGAGAUGGAUGCCGCGGCACGAGCUGCCGCCAACGAGGCUGCUGCGAGAAGUGCAAGGCUUGCUGCUGCAAAGAAGAAGGAAAAGAAUCACUACAAUCAGCAGCCGGUGCGGUAAAGUAGGUGAAAGGUUUUCGGGUUUUUUGGUUUUAUCAUUUAUAACUUUCAACAUCAUGGACAUUUUACCCUCCCUUUGUUCGUUUUUUGUUAAUGCGAAAAUAAACAUCAGUAUAUGGUUUUUGGUCAA